GACGGGUCAGAUCAUCCGACCGCAGCUUCUCUACUGCAGAAUUAUCAUUUUCUUUAGCAUGAAGCAUUAUGUGUCACGAUGAAGUUUUUAGUUUUACCACAUGCUCGGUAUAGAAUUUCAAUCUGAAUCUAUUGAAUCGGGUAAAAAUACUAGUUCCUCAUUUUCAUUGGACAUCAAGAAAGAAUGUUCAUGCCAAAAAUCUCGUCGCGGGAAAUAAUUCUGACCGAUAUAUCCCCAACGACGUCCUCGUGGCCACGUCCAGCGAAUCACUCGAGGGAGGUCUUCACCACUUUAGCCUGUGCUGUACCCAGGGUGGUGCGGCGGGGACAACUCUCGGACUUCUAAGUAGCUCCUCUCGACGUUUUUUUUUGCAACGUUGAUGCAAUAUUGAAUUAUCGGGCAGGUGAACGAGUCUUCUACUGGUCUACAUGGACUUCAGUGCGGCGUGCAGUACUUAGAACAGCUGCGUACGUUUACUUUCGAUCGGCGCAGCGGGGUCUAUAUUUCCUUCGAAAAAAUUUUUCGGAACGAGUGGUGAUGUGCCACAGUUUACCACGACAGCACCCGCAGCGGUAGCUAGAACCGAGGAGCGCGCAGCGGGCCGGCUUACUCCUGUUCCUGGGGGACUUUACUUGCUUGUUUACGUCGUUACUUUACAACCUACGCCGUCCGACGCGACUCGAUCGGAGGCAGAAACAGAAUCUACUUCUACGAAAACAAAACGAAAGAAACUUUCUCAGCCGAGGAACUGCAAACGAGAAACACUUUCUUCCACGACAGCACUAAAAAUGGCGUUUUGGAUUUUACCGUAUCCUGAGCAAAAACUUCCCCACCCCAUAGUCAAGUUGGUCUAUCUGCAACACAAAUCUCCAAGUUUUGGGCGUUGUGCAUGACAAGUUCCCAUCUGCAGUGUAGUGCUGGUUAGCAAGGGCAGCCACAUGAGAAAGCCAGCUUGUCAUCCUGUUUACAGCAUUACAAAGUCCAAAACACGAUUGGAAAUUCCCCUCAUGGAGAUGCGCAUUACAAAUGUUCCCGUCAUUACACAUUUGCAUGACAACUCUGGGGUAGGGACGUUUUUACUCAGAAUACCCCGGUGGUGAUCUUCAUCCUGGUGGCCGGCUUUGUUGGGCUCUGGAUGUGGACGGUGUUUCUGGAAACCGCGAGGCCAGCGUAUCAAAAUGAAAAAUCCCCCCUCCCCAUAUCGAAUGGAAGUUUCUGAUGCUGGAUUUGCGUACACAAAUCAGAUUUGUGUUGCUGGAGAGGACUGCAGGCCCAUAUCGUGGCAAUGUAGAGAGGUUGUGGCCUAGGCAAUUAGCAUGAUGAACGCCUAUGCUGUAGGCGCAGCAGCAUUACAAACCGACUGCAUAAUGGGGCAAAGCCUAUGCCGUUGCUUUCUUGCAAGACAGACACGAUUUGUGGUCACAAAUCAGCAUCGCAAAUUCUCUGAGGCGUUUCUUUUCGAUAUGGGGAGGGGGGAUUUUUACUUACGAUACAGCGUCGGUGCGGUUCAUAUUGCACGGGCUACUCUUUGCCAUCAGCUGUGGGGAAGUCUUCAUUUGGUAUUUUCAUGCUGAGUUGCUUUUCGACGGAAAAAUCCUUGAAGUACAACGACUUUAUGCAACAUUUAGAGUGCAGGGUUUUUUUGUUUUCCUAAAUUCGAGAACGAGAUCAACAUGGCGCUAAAAUUUGUUCUCUGUUUCAAAACAAACAAGGUACCGAGGGUUUUUUAAGUGGUUCGUCAUACUUCCUGCCCUCUUCGCGUCUUUUUGGGGACCUUAUGCUGUGGGGAGACAGGAACCUCCUCCAAAAUGGACCUGGUACUGAGCAUGGAUGCAUGGCAACAAAGAGAAAUACAUGAGGAGAAAUUGGAUUGCUGUGAUUCAAACUAACUUCUCCGAUUUAGACACAUGCAAUAUUUGUACAAUUAGGUAGAAGUAGUGCUAGAAGUUGUUGCGAUGUAGUACAGGAAAGACCACGAGUACACAAUCUGAAUAUAGCCUUUUCGUGCCCUUGAGCAUCAAGAGACAGCACCAGGAUGAACAAUUGCGGAGUCGUUUUCGUGCUUUUCCCCCCCAUAGCCGGUUCGACGCGAUACUGCGCUUAUCACACAGAAAAAAGCGGGCAGGGCAUAUUUGUAAUUCAAAAAUAAAUACGCAGAAAAAUCUGUCACGCUUGGCCCCAUAGCGUGCUGUUUCAGAUAUGCAAUGCAGAUUGUUUUGUGUAUUUAUUUUUGCAUUACAGAUACCAGCCAUGCCCCGGCUGAUGCCGGGGCGCAAGGCUGUUGGGGCGGGGCAGGACUAUUUGCGGAUCGGGCCACAAUGCCACAGGCCUAAUAUGCAUAAUGAAGCAUACUGGAGUCCUACCGCCUGUUUGCGCGGCGCCAACCCGCGCGACCGCUUUCGCGCUUCCCGCGCCUGUGGGCGCUCUGCGCAGGAAGCAGCUGCGAAGGACACCGGGGGCGAACAGAAGCCGCCCGGCGCGGAAGGGUUGCGCGAGAGGGUGACGCGAGAGGGUGCGCGAGAGGGUGGCGCGAGAAGGUUCGGGCCAGCCUAUGCAUGAAAAGGCCACAAAAGAAUCAGCCUCGUGCCAGGGGGAUUCGGGUUUUUCUGACCCUCUCGCAGACCCUCUUUUUGACCUCUCCUGAGAGGUGGUGCUAAUAAUCCGGCUAUACUCACCGAUAGAGGUCUGCAGAGGUGGCCGAGAGGUGGCCCAGAGGGUGCGCGAGAGCUUCGCCCUUAUUCGCGCAACCUCUCGGCACCUCUGUCCCCCUCUCGCUUACCCUCUCGGGACCCUCUCGGCCACCUCCGUCCCCCAUAGGCGCGGCUUUAGGGAGAACAAUUCGGCAGGCUAUACCCGCGCCACCUCUCGGCCACCCCCUCGAAUGACUUCCCGCGCCACCUCUCCACCUCUGUCGACCUCUUUUUGACCUCUGUCGACCUCUUUUUGACCUCUCGGCCACCUCCCUUCGACCCUCUGUAGACCUCUUUUUUCGCAUGAAUAUAAUAGAUAGCAAUGCCCUUCCAGCUUUUUUCUGUGGGAUAGCGCUACCCGGUUGUGCACGACAUGGAUUCCUUUUUUACCCUGAAAAUCAUCCUGCUCGUAGCCGGGAAAACCAUGCUCUUGUAUCCCGUGUAAAAACAACAUCCCCACCCCAUUACAGUCAAGUUGGUAAUAAAUCUGCAACACAAAUCUCCAAGCUAAGGGAGUUGCGCAUGACAAGUUUCCGUCUGCAGCGUAGUGCUGGGUAGCAAAGGCAGCCGCAUGAGAAAGCCACUUUCUCAUCGUAUUUAGAGCAUUACAAAUGCCAAAACACUCUCUUGCAGAGGCGCAUUACAAAUGUUCCUGUCAUCGCACAUUUGCAUGACAACUGUGGGGGGGGACGUUUUUGCUCAGGAUAUCUUGGUCUGCGGCUUCCACAACUUGGGCAAGAAUGCCGGGCUGUUUCUCCUGUGUCUCUUCCUCUGCGUGUGGUGCAUACCGCUGCUGUAUGAACUUCAAAUAUGUCUGGGUCUGGAAGGGUCGGGGCUUGUCAUGCACAUUUUGCAUGACCCAUCAAGUCUGUGACGCUGGUGCUAGCAUCACAGUUUUUUUGAGAGCUUCUUGAUGCUUAUUACGCAUGACAAAUGCCCUCUCCGCGUGCCAAGAACUGACUCCUCUUACUGCUCAUGCAACACAGAUAUUUUUAGAAUCUGCAGACAGCACUCUUCCAGACCCAGACACUAUUGCAUUUGAUAUGCUGUACGUCAUGGCGCUUCCAAUAGGGGACACAAGGAUGAUGCUAUCCAACUUGGUAACAAUAAAGUAUCGCACCAAUGGCAAUGACCGUGUCAAAGCGAAAAGAGAUGAAAAAUAAUGCCUCCAAAAGUGAGUACUUCCUUACUUGCAUGAUGAGAAUUCACUUUGCAUCACGUUGAAGUUCCCUGUCGUAGACUUACCGAUUCUGUAUCAGAAGUCGAAUCAUGUUCUGCAUUUUUCAAAAUUUGGUCCACCAUGUGUACGAUACGUUUGCAGUGCAUAGAUGUACGCGAAAAACGACUGUAUAUGGCUGUUUUUGAAGUGAUUCAUUUCAUUAUCAUUGGUAAAAUGCAAGAAAAUGGCGCCCCAGAUCAGAUGGCAACAAACGUGAUAUAAUUUUUUGGAAAUUCAAAAAAUGGGCCGUAAAAAAGAAUGAUAUAACAAGUAGCAGUAUCAUGCAUUCGCUGCCGCGGAAACUCUAGUACAUCCCCUCUCCUUUAUAUUUCGAUUUCACACACCAUGUUGUUGGAAGCCCCAAAAUCAAUUCCAGGUCGCGACAUGGACAUUUUGCGAAAGAUUUACCACGUUUUUUGCGUGCCCGGGGACAACAACGAGAUUCGGUUGGAAGUAUACGGUAUCCACUGCAUCUGCGACUAGGGGUGCUGCGACUGGCUCAGGAACAAAUAAACCAAAAAGAAUGCAUGUUUUGUUGUGUGUGGGUGGCACACGCACAAGAAUGGGAAAGAAGAUUUUUCUUCCGAAAAGACAGUUGUAAACUACCGUCGGUUUGUUGUAUGUCGAAUGUGUCUUCAGAAACGCGUUUUACACAUAUAUAAAGGCGAGUCCAGAUGAUGAUGAUCAGUAGUAAAGCAGCAGCUCUUGACGUCCAUAAUUUAGAACCUGCGGAACCUCCGCGACGCCGUUGUCCAGAUAGCCGCACGGGUAGUUCCCGGCAUAGGUCCCUUCCUCGUAAAGCACAACCUCAUAUUGCAAGGAAAAUCCCGUGACUCCAUAGUGCUCAAAGCGGAAAUUAGUGAUGCUGAUUUCUCGUCACAAAUUAGCUUUGACUUGCAUGCUGCAUAGGUGUGUGCAUUAUACCUAAAACACAGGUGGAAAAAAUUGUGCUUUCAAGCCAUCGGCGCAAGAGCAAUACGAAGCUGUGAUGCAUAAACAAAUCCAGCCAGAGAGAUUUCCUUCAGAAUAGCUAUGGGUGCAAGGGUGGAUUUUUCAUCUUGAUACCCGAUAUCCGCAAGGUCACUGCGCAAACCGGCCGGGCGAGAAAUAUAGCACACAGCAGGUUCUCGUUCUUCUUCUUGUUCAACUGCGCGGCUCUUAUCGCUGUUGCGGCAGGAACUCCACCCAGGCUAAUCUCAUUUCCUGACACGAACGCGGAGCGGACAUGACCUGUGGUGUGGAGAAAGGAGUUGACGAGAACACAUAUCAAAAAUGACCGAUCUUCUCAUUUAAAUGAUGCUUCUUCGUCAACGACUCCGAAAGUUAUGUGUAGCAAGCACUUCGUCUCAUGAUCACUCGACACUGUGUGUGGCUGGCGCAACCGCCGCACGAGCUGGAGACAAAAAGAAUGUGAACGAGAAUGAUCUUUUUUUGGUGGAAAGUAGGCGUAGAGGGGAGAAAAGGAAGGAGAAAUCUUCAAGGCGGCCCAUGAUCAUUUUGUCUUUACGAAUUUAU